AGACGGCUGUACUUCCGGUCUGGACCUCUAACUUUACUGGCCACUUUUUAGGUCUUUUCUUUGAAACUACUCGCAUUUGUGGAUUGUGUUAUCGACGUGCCAUGGAGGGGUCGGAUACAUACCUCAUACGACCCAAUUACCAACACAAAUUCAAGCCUGCUGUCGUGAAGGAAUGCAUACAUGAAAUAGUGAAGGGGCGCCUCGCCGAAGCGCUGUACGACCAAGAUGAAGUCUCCGAGCUGACACUCACGCUUGCAGACUGCGUUAAGGACAAAGUCAAGAAGUUGGGGUUUGAGAGGUACAAGUUUGUUGUGCAAGUGACCAUUGGAGAACAGCGUGGGCAAGGAGUCAAGAUGUCUUCAAGGUGUUUAUGGGAUGCUGAUACUGACAAUUAUGCAGAAUAUGUUUUCAUGAAUGACUCUUUGUUCUGUGCUGUGGCAGUCUUUGGGAGCUAUUUCUACUAAGGAGGCAGAGGGCAGCUGCUGAGGUGAACACAUACCUAGAUAAGAAACUUACAUCACCUGCAUCCAUUGCCUUUCUUGGUUGUGUGUAGUCGUUUAUAAUGCAACUUAUUAUGGAAGGCUCAGCAUUAUGCAGUAGAAUCCUGCUCAUUUUUUUAUAAGCCAACGACACAUUCUAAAGACAAAAUAAACACUUCCUAGAUUGGAUCAUCACACCAUAAAAUCUGAGAAAAAAGGCAUCUUGCCCGAAUCCCCAAAAACUGUGACCUAAAAACCAAAAUGGCAGACAAAAUAAUUUAUUGUAUAUGGUCGUUGAUUAUAUCUGUGCGUCCUGUCAUAUUAAACAUGUGUACA